AUCCAAAGUGGCUGCAAAUCUCUCUGUGAAUGCAAGGAAAAAUCAGCGUUUCGUAAAUCAUCGUGUCAUAGGACAUAUCAAAGUGAAAAAGGAAGCUCAAAAUCACCGAAAUUUAUAACGAAGGCGACUCCUCGCCUCUAUGCAGAGUCCCUACACGAGAAAUGGCUACACCGUUUCUUGCAGGAUUGGCAGUUGCUGCUGCUGCUCUUGCUGGUAGAUACGGAGUCCAAGCAUGGCAAGCAUUCAGGGCACGUCCAGUUGCACCUCGGAUGCGGAAGUUUUUUGAUGGUGGUUUUCAACAGACAAUGACUAGAAGGGAGGCUGCUCUUAUCCUAGGCAUUAGGGAAAGUGCAAGCCCGGACAAGGUGAAAGAGGCACAUAGGAGGGUAAUGGUGGCAAACCACCCCGAUGCAGGUGGCAGCCAUUACCUUGCUUCGAAGAUUAAUGAAGCCAAAGAUGUGAUGCUUGGAAAAACCAAAGGUAGUGGGUCGGCAUUUUAGAAAGAGAGAGAAUAAUUAAAUGUAAAAGAAUGUAAUGCCCAAUUUUCAAAGUAUGCAAGAUCACAUCAUUUCAGAGGUUAGUUCAAGACUAGAGUAUGUAAUGUGUUAAUUUUGCAGUGACAUGUUGUAUUUUUCUUUUACCAUUCAUUUAUCAGGUGGGUUUAAUGGAAAAGGAUAUAAAAUGGUGAG